UUGAAUACAGCCUGAUGCUGCCUAUCCUUUGCACUAGCCUUCCUUGAUACUUCACAAGCCACGAACUUCACCGUCAACUACAACCUCAUACCUCACACUUUGCAACAAAUCCUCAAUUCCAUUCAUAUACUCAUUCACAACCUCAAGACAACCAAGAAAAACAUCAUGGAAGCCCCCCAUCUCUUCCGCCACGCCUCCCGCCUCACCUCUCCCUCCACCACCACCGUCAACACCCGCAUUCCCCCCAUCGCCCGCCGCACCGCCACCACCACCACCACCACCACCACAUCCUCCUCAGGUGCCUCCACAAUAAUCCCCACACACAUCGUCCUCCUCUCGCGCAACAAACUCCAGCGCGAGACCGCCACCAAGAGCCCCGACCUCCGCCGCUGCCUCGCGCACCAGCGCCUCCUACACCGGUCCAUCGAAGCGGCCCAACAAGCCGUCCGCGCCCAGAUGGCCGCCUUCUCCCUCGAAGACGAGGACACCAUCGACGAGGAGGAGGAAUUCGACGACCCUCGCUCCUACACCAGCUCGCCCAUCCAGACAGCCCUACCAGUCACCGUGAUCCGCGAACAGAUCACCGGGGCCGUUCGGGCGAUGGUCCGACGGCGCUCUGCCUCCGCCUCUGCCUCCGCCUCUACACCUACAUCCUCUUCCGCUGGCCCGGCUACCGCUACCGCGCAGAAACACAACGCAGCCGGACUCAAGCGCGUAGUAUCACAACAGAAUCUUCUGGCCGCCUGCGACGGCAGCGGGGACGUGAAUCUGGUCAGCGAAGAGGGCCCUCGACAAGCGUCCGUUGCUGUUGCCGUGGGGGGCCCGGCGGUGCUGCGGAAGACCAAGCGAUAUACGUCGCGGAUUGUGUUUGGGCGGCGGCGGUGGCCGCUCUACGGGCAUGGGCAUGGGCAUGCCCCGCAGCAGCCUGCGCUGGUUAGCUGACACGCGCUGUGUCGGUGGCUGUUUACUUGUCGUACUGUACUGGAUGGUACUCGGAUAGAGGGCCAUGUCUGUUAG